GCGCACCAUAUCAUCUCCCUCUUCGAUCCCAUCUCUGAUGGAUGCCCACGCACACGCCCACGACCCCCACGCCAUGGCCCUGCCACCGACGUUCCCUCCUCCCCAUCACCAUCUCGACAUGAAGCCACAGUUCCCUCCCCACCACCACCCUCUCCCUCCAUCUCAGCCGUCCAUCCCACCAUCUCUCCCUCUCCAACCCCCUGUCCCCACCGACACCAUCAUUUCCCCCGCAACCGCGAUCCACCACCCCUACACACUCCACUACCACCCGCACCCCCACCAAACUGCUGCUCCCGCGGUCUACAUUAACCCCGAACAGCAAAAGAUCCACACUCUCUUCGUAUCAGGCCUCCCUGAUGACGUCAAGCCCCGCGAGAUCCACAACCUAUUUCGCAGGCGUCAGGGUUUCUCUUCAUGUCAGCUCAAAUACACCGGCAAGGGCGAUCAGGUUGUUGCAUUCGCUACGUUUUUCAAUCAUCAAUCGGCUGUGGUGGCAAUGAGUGCAUUAGAUGGUGUAAUUUUCGACCCCCAGACUGGAGCUCGUCUGCAUGUUGAGCUGGCCAGAACAAAUUCACGGAGCAAACGCCCACGAGGGGGUGAAGCCUAUGCAGUGAUUGAUAAGAGAGUUAGAAUACCAGAUGAUACUCAAGAAAGCGGGAGUAAUGACGGAGAUGGUGGAUCUGAUGAACCAUCCGGCACUGAUAAUCCCGAUUCGAGCAACAAGGGUGCUUUAGCUGCCACACAGAGUGGUGAGAUGGCUGGUGAUCUUGAUAAUGCUCCAUUGAAUAAAAUGGAAAAGCCAACAGCAGGGGAUAUACCUCCAUGUUCCACUUUGUUUAUUGCAAAUCUAGGUCCAAAUUGCACUGAAGAAGAGAUCAAGCAAGUCUUAUCUCAAUAUACCGGAUUCCAUACACUUAAGAUGCGGGCAAGAGGUGGAAUGCCAGUUGCUUUUGCUGAUUUUAAGGAAGUUGAAAAUGCCACUGAAGCUAUGAACGGACUUCAGGGAAGUUUGCUGGCAUCAUCCGACCGUGGCGGCAUGCACCUAGAAUACGCAAGGUCUAAAAUGAGGAAACGCUAGGCGAAUUAUGCUUGCAGAAAUGAGUUGUCUUUCAAUUGCGGUAGUCUUGCUUCUCAGUUAUAUUUCUCAUGGAAUUUUCGAAACCCAAGUCACCAACAUUGGUGAAUUGCCUGUUUGCGCUAUAUGAAGAAUACUUAUAGAUGUUCAUAAAGCUUACAUGUGUAGUCCUGCCUUCCAGUGUUCGAAAUAUCGGUAUUGCUUUACGUAUCGCACCCUUGGGAUAUAGAUAAGUAUCGGUUAUUGCACAAGAUA